AUGGCACAAAAGAACUCAAAGUUCAUCACAACGUCUUCGAAAAAAACAAAUACAGUUUCAAAAUCAACUACUACUAAGUCUUCACCGAAACCUACUAACAUCCAAACAUCAUCUGCUACGAAGAAUAUUUUAUUAGAACAACUACAGUUUCAAAUUAGUGAGAAUUUUAUUAUAUUUUGGUUAGAAUCGAAUUUAAACAACUUAAAUGAAAAAAUAAUUUCUCAAAUUCGAUCUAUUGUGAAUACGAUCAAAUUCUUUACCGAUAUCGACCAAUGUGUCAAGUCUCUCGUUGAAAUUAAAGACGUAAAAGUUUUUUUAAUUGUUUCAAAUUCUCUUGCUCAACAAAUCACUCCUCUCGUUCAAGCAUUUACCCAAGUCGAUUCAAUCUAUAUAUUUAGCAAUCUUAAAUCGAUAAAUGAACAAUGGACUAAAGCAUACAUAAAAAUUAAAGGAACUUUUUAUCAGACCGAAACACUUUGCAAUGUACUUAAAGAAACAGUUCAUCAAUUAAAUAAUGAUUUAAUAUCAAUUAGUAUUGUUCCCGAGUCAUCAAUAGAUAAUCUGAAUAGUCUCGAUCCAUCAUUCAUGUAUUGUCAGUUAUUUAAAGAAAUUUUUUUAACAAUGCAAUUUAAUUAUGAAAUAGAAAUACAACAAUUCGUAGAUUAUUGCCGUCCACGUUUUCAACAGAAUGAGAAAGAAACAAAAAGAAUUAAUGAAUUUGAACAAAAAUAUUGUCAAAAGUCACCAGUUUGGUGGUACACUCUGGAAUGUUUCCUAUACAAUAUGCUCAACAACGCCUUGAGAACUGUUGACAUUGAACUUCUUAUUAAAAUAGGCUUUUUCGUUCGGGAUCUUCAUCAACAAAUCAAACAACUUCAUUCCGAAUUAGAUGGUAAUAAAAUUCCACAUACUGUUUUUCGAGGACAAGGCAUUUCCAAUGACGAUUUUGCAAAGCUGAAGAAAACCAAAGCUGGUCUUUUAUCUUUCAACAGUUUUCUCUCGACGAGCACCAACAGAAUAGUUGCCAUGGAUUUUGCUGCUUUUAAUAAAAAUAAAUCUGAUACAACAUGCAUUCUGUUUCAAAUAAAAAUCAACUCUUCCAUUUCAUCGAUCCCUUUCGCUCCAAUAAGCCAUUUAAGUGCUAUUGAAUCAGAAUAUGAAAUACUUUUCUCAAUGUCUACUGUAUUUCGAAUUGGUGAGAUAAAGAAAAUAGAAAAUUGGUUAUGGGAAGUCAAUUUAACCUUAACAGAUGAAAAUGAUCCACUACUUACACGUCUUACCGAUCAUAUGCGAGCUUCCCUUGGACAUGGAAAUGGAUGGCGUCGACUCGGUCAAUUAAUAAUCAAGAUGGGAGAAUUCAAAAAAGCAGAAGAAAUCUAUAAUACACUACUCAAGACAAUAUCUUGUGAUGAUAAGGCAGAAUGUGCUUUCCUUCACAAUCAACUUGGAUACGUUUGCAAACAAAAGGGUAAUUUAAAUGAAGCAUUUUCUCACUACAAAACCUCUCUUGAGAUUAGCCAAAGUUAUAUGUCAUCUAAUGAUCCUGGACUCUCUAGUACAUACUCGAAUAUUGGUGGAAUUCUUAAAAAACUAGGUGAACUUGAUGGAGCAUUGAAAUAUUAUGAACAUGCUCUCAAGAUUGAUCUUGCAAUGACAGGACCCAAUUCACUGGAGAUUGCUAUUGAUUACAAUAAUAUUGGGUCGGUACUCGAUGAUCAAGGCAAGUAUCCGGAAGCACUCAAGAAUUAUAAAGAAGCACUAGAGAUCAAACGUGAUUAUCUUCCACCUCAUCAUUCAUCUCUUGCUAAUACUUAUAGUAAUAUUGGCUUAGUAUAUCGAAAAAUGGGCAACAGUUCUACUGCGCUUUUAUAUUACCAACAGACACUUGAAAUCCAAAAAAAAUCUCUUCUAUCCAAUCAUCCGUCAUUAAUCGUGACUCAUGGCAACAUCGCCGGAGCAUUGGAAGGCCUUAAACUAUACAAUGAGGCAAUUGAGCAUGCUAAGAUAGCCCUCAAUAUUGCUAGACAUGCAUUUGGCUCUGAUCAUGCUGAAUGUCAAAAACGAAAGACUUAUCUGGAAGAACUUGAAAGAAAAUGCUAA